ACAGAGAAGGAAGAGGCCCUUGUGAAAGACUCAUGGGAAAAAGUGAUGAAGCCAAACAUGUCUCAGCUUAGCCUUCGUUUCUUCACUCGAAUCGUAGAGAAAGCUCCAGAGGCCAGGAAUAUAUGUUCUCUUUCCAGAAGAUGAACAGUACUGAUGAUGACGAUGGGGAGGAAGAAGAUGCUAUUCCAGCAGCUGGGAACAAUUCCAAUAAGCUCAUCAAAUCCCAUGCUCUCAUUGUCUUCAAGUUGACUUGUGACUCUGCGAUUCAGCUGAAGGAGAAAGGUGAAGUUUUGGUUGGAAGAACCACCCUCAAGUUUUUGGGAGAUAUUCAUCUUCAAAAGGGAGUCACUGCCCCUCACUUUGAGGUAGUAAAAGAAGCUCUACUGCAAACAGUGAAAGAGGCAAUGGGGGAGACAUGGAAUGAAGAAAUGAAUGAAGCCUGGGGUGAAGCCUAUGAUCACUUGGCUACUGCUAUCAAAGAUGAAAUGAUGGCCCAAGUAUCCUCCCCCUCCCCCUAAAGUUUGGUGCAUUCACUUGGCUACUGUUCCAUGU